GAUGAUAAACGCAACAUGCAUUUAGUAAAGUAUUAGAAUUGGAUGACAAUAAUCUAAAAGGAUGGCCAUUUGGGGUACAACCACUAACCGAGCAUCAGCUAAAAAAGUUUACCUCGUCAUUGGAGUACUGUUAGUGCUGACUUUAUCCGGAUCGUUGGCGUUUUUUUGGAAUAAAUACUACGAUGACUACUUUGGUGAUGAUAAUGACGAUGAUAAUGACCCCCCUCAGGAAUUGACAUGUGAAGAGAUUACCAGAACACGAUCACUGGACGAGUACUGGGCAUGUUUGGUCUUCGGUCCGACAAAGUUCCUGCUUCCGGAGGUCGAUAAGGAGACGGUAGUUCCAGGAAUAUUUCCCAUUCCGAAAGAAAAGAAGAAGAAGAAGCGUUCAAAACGACAAGCCUCGAGAUCACUGCACGGCCCGUAUCAAAUGAUAAAUAGCGAUAACUACUCAUUGACGCUUACCCCUGAUUCAAAGUAUGGUGGUGUGCACAAAGAUCCAGCAAACGAUCCCUACUACCGCUCCUCUAUAUACGUAUUCAAACCAGUUCCAAAUGUGAAUCAGAGACCUCCUCCGUGGUCAUAUGUGGGUCAUUUCGGAAAAAAGGAGUGGCAUAAUUUGGAGUUGGAGAAAUUCAUAGUUCCGGUAAACAAAAACUUGAGCACCAGCAAUAAACUCCUCGUCGGCGUAUUUUCUGAUUUAUGGGACGAAUGGAAACUUCUGAACGAUACUAAAUUUAGAGACGCGUUCUACAAGGAAUUAGACCAAAAUGAAAGAUUCGGCUUAAUUUAUGCUUUGUACGAAGUACCACCAUAUACCAAGUUCAUUCUUCCGUUGAUCAUGAAUGACAACCCCUUCACAGACCUAAAUCCAAAUGCGCGUGUACUUACGAAUAACGUGCUUGACGAUGGAAAUCCACAAACUGGCUACUAUUCCUUUAUGCGAUUUUACGUUCAAUCUCGCCCACUCAAAGAGGACAUCGACGCGAAUACACACCUCCUACCCAAAACCAUAUACAAUAACGGUCGAUUGAGGGUGGCCAUUCCAGCGAAUUAUCAAAAAUUCAUAUCUCUUCUGACAACGCUAGAUUCUCCAUAUAGCAAAGAACAUCCCAUGGGAUAUAUUGAUAAGUUUGUUUUGGAAGCAUUUAAAAAAUUCGCUGCUGCAUUAGGCUUUGAAUACGAUCCUGUUCCUGGACCAGACGGGAAAAUACAAAGCUAUGAAGCUUCAUUAAUACGAUGGAUUCAAUCUGCUAUCAUAGCCGACAGGGAGGAACAGGUCGACUUCGAGUCAAAGUUUAGCUUGCCCGUGUUUCCAAAAGAAUUUCCAAUUUGUCGAGAUAAGGAACAAUCACCUCUCGAUAUCAAAACGGCUAACGCCAUCCAGUCGUCGCUAACGCCGUACAGAGUCCUAAAUGGGGAACGCAUGUGCAGAUUCCAGAUGUUUCUUCCUCCUGAUGGAACCAGCCUGCUGACCGUCCAAUUUGAAAAUUCCGGCAGACUUGGAGAUUUUCCGCUUGAAUUGAGGGGGGGAGCGGUACGAAGUGUCCCACUCUAUCUUGAAGCAAUGCACAUCAGAUACGGGACUGAGGAGGGGAAAGGUUCUGAACAUCGAAUUAAUGGGAAAGCGUUUGACAUGGAGCUUCAACUGCUUUUCUCGUAUGAAGGACUCUCUACCAAUCAACCCUACUGGUUCACGCUGACCCGUCAAAUCUCUGACCUCUUCCCAUUUAGAGAGAGACUCGUCCAAAUGAUAUCCAUAUUUGUGAACGUUGACCACGACAUGCAAGACGAUGAUCCAGACUUAUUACUGUUUGAAGGCCUGGUUCAAGCUGUAUACCACUAUCGGGCUCAACUAGAAAAUGAUCCAACGGCCCUAGGAAUCCGUCGAUGGAGAUCAAAAGAUUUCGUUAUCCGAUUGAACGAUUUUUUCCCAAAAAAUAAAACUUAUUACACGUAUCGGGGAGGAUUGACUUUCCCCCCUUGCUUCAGUUACAUUGUCUGGUCAGUUUAUGAAUCUCCAAUCAGAAUUUCACCCAAGCAGUACACCGAAUUCAAACUGUUGCAAGCACCUGCAGAAAGAUCAGGAUUCAUGGCAGGAAACGUUCGAACCCCCGACGAUAUUUGGUCACAAGAAGAGCACGAGCCCAACAUCCUUCCUUCGGAACGGUUGCGUCGAAAAGAAUUGAGAAUUAAUCGUGCCGUCCUAAAAAGUUUACACGCGAGUAGCACCAAUGAUUCGGAUUUCUACGAUUAUUUUAACGAUUAUGAUGCCGCGUCGGUACCAAAACAGUCCUUGUUUGUGGUAGCGUUUUGCAUUUUUUCUCGUAAUUCGUGUAUAAUUUUGUUGAUAUAAAAAGAUAGCAAUGUUCAAUUGUUCGUAGAAAUAAAAUCUGAAAAUUUAUUUUCCCUUGA